UGAAUGGGAACCAACUACUCCUUGCUUUGGAAGCAUUAACGCCCUGUCGGUUGAAGGACGGAUUUUGCGUGAUCACACGCAACGCGUCUCACGAGGUCUUGCGACUGCUUACAGAGCUUAAUCUCUUCUUUAGGUAUAAGACGCUCUCCAGCCACGCCUUGCAGAACAUAACGACACAAAUUUCUCUCGCCGCUCGUCGGAUAAUGUCUUCACCCGCUGCUCUCAAACUCAAAGUCGGUUUCGUUGGUUUGUCGAGCUCAGGUUGGGCAUCGGACGUUCUUGGACCAGCCCUUCUCGACGCGUCGCUUCGCUCCAAGUACGAUCUCGUCGCAGUGUCUACCACUUCUGCCACUUCCGCCGACACGUCUUCCAAACUGUACUCCGAGAAGGUUGGACAUCUCAUUAAACCGUACUACGGCGACACAUCUCAAAUCGCCAACGAUCCCGACGUGAAUUUGGUGGCCGUAUCCGUCAAGGCGCAGUUUCACAAACAGGCCAUCUUGCCUGUGAUCAAUGCAGGGAAGGAUUUCUUCCUGGAGUGGCCAGCUGGCUCGUCUGUGACGGAGACGGAAAUAAUUGCCGAGGCAACGAGGAAGAAGGGCGUCAAAUCCAUUGUUGGGUUGCAGGGCCGGCAUUCGCGCACAAUUGCCAAGGUCAAAGAAAUUUUGGCCUCGGGGACCAUUGGCCCAAUUCGCUCGACACAUAUAGUUGCGCACAUCGGGAGAGAGGUCACAUCCUGGCCGCCUCUCGUCCGCGAAAAGGCUUCGUACACGGCGGAGAAGAGGAACGGUGUGACCAGGCUUGACGUCCCAAUUGGACACCAACUCGACACCUUCACCUAUCUUCUAGGCGAUUUUACUUCCUUGACAGCGACAGACGCGACUCUCUACCCCACCGGCACGCUCAUCGACGAUUCCGGGAAGCCAACCGGGAAGACCUUCCCCUCCGAGACGCCCGACCACUUCGCCAUCUCAGGUGUGCUCUCCUCUGGGGCCGUCGCGAACCUCUUCUACAGAGGCGGGUACGCCUCCGAACCGGAAACAGGCCGCCGUCAGUACGUUUGGGAGAUCGACGGCGAGGACGGCACCAUACGGUUGGAAUCUGACCAUGUCUAUGGCGCUUUCACGAACAUUUUUGAGCCGAAGUUGUAUUUGAAUGGGAAGGAGGUCGAAGUUGAAGGUGCUGGCCCAGUGGGUUCGUUAGACUCCGCUACGACUGCUUGGAGGGAGUUCGCGGAAGGCCACGGGAAGUAUGCAACGAUUGAUGAUGCCUUGAAGAACCGCAGGCUUUUGGAUGCUAUUGAGAGGAGUGCGAAGGAGGGCAAGAGGGUGUCUCUGUGAU